AUGGCGGCAUCGUCACGACCGCCGCCACCGCCCAUCAAUGGAGCGCGUCCGUCGCGUCGAAAUCAAAAACGCGGCAAAAACAACAAGGAACAAGAAAAGAACCUUGAGCCGCCGUCGUCAUUAGAAACGGAGGUGCAUUCCACCGCGGCCCUGAGUGAUGAGCGCGUGACAGACGAUACGAAUAGAGACGAGGACGAGCUACCGCUACAGCAUGUCGCUGCAUCGACGACGGAGGAAGACGUAUCGAACCUUACAACGAGACUAUCAGAGUGUGAAGAGGCCGUGACUCGGCUCAAGACCGAGCUCCAGGAACGCGACGAUACCAUUGAGCAGCUCAAGAGACAGUCGACCGCAGAGAGAGACGAACUACAGCUCGUUAUUGCGCAGCGGGACGAGCAGCUAGCUGAGCUCGAGGCUCAGGUCAAGGCGUCUUAUGCAGCCAACGUCGAGCUGGCGUCUGUGCAGCAAGACCUGGCGCAACUUCGGACGCAGGUAUCAGAGCGAGACGAGCAAGUGGACAAGUUGUCCAGGCAGCUCGAUGCGUCUGUGCGGCAGGACACUGACGACAGGCACUGGGAGCAGGAGCGCGAGCAGCUGGAGGCGCGCCUUGAGGAGGAGAAGAACCGCGCGGAUAGUGCUGAGGACUGUGUGCGCAAUUUGCGGUACACGAAUGAAGAAAGUCGCCGAGCGAUCAUGCGGCUUCAGAGCAUGCGGUCUUCGUCACAACGAUCCGACGACGACGGCGCCGAUCGACGGCGAUCAGGACACAUUCUCAGCUCACUGAGCGGGCGAAGUGACGCUGAUUCAGAGACGGACCGCUCGGGCCUUCGUGACUUGCGGCUCGUGUCGCCGUCGCAGCCAUCGCAAGAGCAGUUUUCGCCGCCGAUGCGACCUGACGAGCCCGCUACUGAUGACGUUAGCUCGCAGCAUGGCGACGAUACUGUAUCUACUACGACGCCCGCCAUCGCUGGCUUUUUCCCAUCUUCGCUUCUGCGCUCCUCGCUGGGCUUCUCACGAAAAGGGCCGGGUGACGAGGCGUCAGGCGCCGACUUGUCGAUGGAAGAGAUGCGCGUCGAGCACGAAAAAACACAGAAGGAGCUACGCGCUGUACAACAAGAGCUUGCGCAAGUGCAUGCACAGCUAUUCGAGUCUCGUGAAGCAGAGCAAGCGAGUCAGACCAUGAUUUCGUCCCUCCGUGCGUAUAUUGCCGAGGGUCAAGCCACCUCCUAG